AUGAGGUGGUUGGCGUUGGUAUUAGCGUUUGUGUUUAUGGCCUUUGCGGAGGAGCUCAAAUUAGCGGAAGUGUGUGAUCAAGAGAAAUGUAAGCUGCCGGACUGUAAAUGCUCGACCACUGAUAUUCCUGGUGGUUUUCUACCUCACAGAGUUCCGCAGUUCGUUCUACUUACAUUCGACGACGGCGUAACAGUCUCCAAUCACCCCACAUACCAGACUCUGUUGUACGGACGCAAGAACUUCAACAACUGCCCAGUCGGUGCCACCUUCUUCGUCAGCCAUGAAUACACCAACUACCAACUGGUCAACGAUUUGUACACCCAAGGAUUCGAGAUCGCAAUGCAUUCCAUCUCACACGUGAACCAAACUUACUUUAUGGAGGCUGACAAAGAGAGGCUGAUGGAGGAAAUUGGUGACCAAAAAACUCUUACGUCUAACUUUGCAGCGAUCCCUGCUGCUGCUAUACAAGGUCUUCGUAUGCCAUUCUUACAAAUGGCUGGGAACGCAUCUUUCGAAAUGAUGAAAACGGCUGGCUUUAGAUACGAUAUCUCCAUGCCCACGAUCAAAUUCCAGAGCCCAGGUCUUUGGCCAUACACCCUCGAUUACGCUUCAGACCAGGACUGCAUCAAUGCACCAUGCCCCACUGCGUCAUUCCCAGGUCUCUGGGCAGUACCUAUGAUCGCUUGGGAAGAUUUGGAGGGUUUCCCAUGCGCUAUGGUCGACGCUUGCUUUUCUCCGCCAGGAGAUGCAGAUGAAGAAGGCUGGUUCCGCUUUAUCGUCAAGAACUUCGAGAAGCAGUACCUUGGAAACCGUGCGCCAUUCGGUUUCUACAUCCACGAAGGUCCUGUAAGAACCAGACCUGGUCUUCAGGCAGCGCUUAUCCGUUUCUUAAACAUGAUAAACACUAUGAAUGAUGUUUAUUUGGUUAACGUUUCUGAGAUGUUAGAUUGGGUUGAGAAGCCAAUACCUUUGGAAGAUUACGUCAAAGCGCCCUGCAGAGCCACCGUACCAGCUAGGCGUUGUCGACCUACCAACUGUGGACCUCUGUCUUCUACACACACCCAGGAGUCUUUCUGGAUGGCCAGUUGUACUAGUUGCCCGCGUGUUUACCCCUGGGUAGGCAAUCCUCUUGGACGUUGA